AUGUCCACCGGAAGCAAUGAUGUGAAGGAUGACGUAAAGUUACUGCAACUUCUGAAUUCCAUAGAGGAACAGUUUUUAACGCCAUACAAAAAGCCAGAGGACUUGCGCAAUAUUUCCUCCACCACCAAACUAAAAGAUUCUACCCCAAUCAAGGAGUUAGACAAAUUGGCUUCCGUAUUGAAGGCCCACUGCACAAAAAUCGGCAUCGUCUGCAAGCCAGGUACUUUUGAUAGCAAUCAUAAAGUCGUCUUUACCGAAAUUCAAAACUUCAGUAGGCCAUUAUUCUACUUACUAAGUCUAUUUCCUUUGUUUUACAGCGACAAGAACUGCCCUAAAUACUUUGCAGAUCAACUGGAUGAAAGUGCACUGCAAUUGCUCGAUGGCUUGAGAGAUUUCAUUGCCGAAUUACAGGAAAGAUUGAAAAAUGAUGAAAAUGCAUCCCUGGACAAAGAGAGGUUGACUUCAGUUGGUAAAGUGUUCAAUGCGUGUGAUUCACUCUCUACCUGUUCCAGGGCUGGACCUCAUGGAAUCCUAGCCACCAUUUUAAAGGAUAACAUGGCCAUAAUGGAUGAUACACUGAAUGAAAUAAAGGAAUGGCUUGAGGAACCUGAUUUCUCAACAAACUCGGACGAUGUAUUCUUGAAUUUUGAAGAUUCAGAAUCUGAAACUGAAGCAGAGAAAGAAGAAUUUGAUCAGGAAAAGGUAUAUGAAAGCAUAAAGUCGUUUUUCGAUGGAUUUACGAGAAAAAUAAAACUAAUUAGAUUGCUCGUAUCAACUUUUAGAAAAACUCUGGUAUCAAAAGAUUUUAUUCCUAAGAAGAACCAAGCAGACACUUUAGAUAGUCUACACAUAUCUCUGAAAGAGAUACAGUUACUUUUGGAUGAAGUGGUAUCCACUGUGCAGUUUGAGCCAAAGAACUUCAGCACUGAGGAGGUAAAGGAAGAACAAGCUGCAUUGGCCGUAGUCAUCAAGAAGGUUCUUGCCCUAAUGAAUAAACUUUAUGAAGGUGAUACCAAAAGAAAAAAGUGGGUCGAAAUAUGGGAGAUAAAAUUUAACGAAUUGCCUUAG